AUGUUUUCCUGAAGUCCCGCCGAGGAGAGAGAGACAAUAUUUUUAGCCGAUGCUACUCAGCUAGCUACGUCGUAACAAAUGCAGAUGAACAAGCUAGGUGUAUUUUCAGCGUUUUUCUAUAUUUUGUUAAAUACCUAGUUUGUAAUUGACAUGGCAGCGUCUCUUUGUCGCGACGGUGCGAAUUAAGCGAGCGCGGUUGCUUUGCACUGUUUAUUUUCACCUAAGCAGGUUUGCUAGUUCGGUAUGCUUUUACCCUCAUUAACAUGGAGACAAAACGAGGGGAGAUUCCCAACGGCGUGUUGGACGACCUGUGCAGUCGCUUCAUCCUCCACAUCCCCAGUGAAGAGAGGGACAAUGCCAUCCGAGUUUGCUUCCAGAUCGAACUUGCCCAUUGGUUUUACCUGGACUUCUACGUGCAGAAUACACCAGGACUACCUCAGUGUGGGAUAAGGGACUUCGCCAAAGCUGUUUUUAAUCACUGUCCAUUCCUGCUUCCCCAAGGCGAGGAUGUUCAGAAGGUUUUAGAUCAAUGGAAAGAGUACAAGAUGGGUGUUCCUACAUAUGGUGCAAUUAUUCUGGAUGAAACCCUUGACAAUGUAUUACUGGUGCAAGGAUACCUGGCCAAAUCAGGAUGGGGCUUUCCUAAAGGGAAAGUCAACGAGGAUGAAGCGCCCCAUGACUGUGCUGUACGAGAGGUUUUAGAGGAGACUGGUUUUGACAUCAGAGACCGCAUCUGCAAAGACACCUUCAUUGAGCAGAAAAUCACAGAUCAACUCGCUCGACUAUACAUAAUCCCUGGCGUACCAAAGGAAACAAAAUUUAACCCUAAAACCAGGAAAGAAAUAAGGAAUAUUGAAUGGUUUCCUGUUGACAAACUGCCAUGUCACAGAAACGACAUGACCCCCAAAUCCAAGCUUGGCCUGGCUCCCAAUAAGUUUUUUAUGGCUAUACCUUUUAUGAGACAGCUCAGAGAAUGGAUAGCCAAGCAUAAACUGGAAUCAACAAGCAGUGAUGAGGACUUUUUAUCCAAUGGCAACACUCCAUGCAAACCUUUUCGAUCGAAGCCCAGGCGCUCACAGAUUGCAAUGGAGGCAUCUCCAUGUGAAGGCUGGACAAAGCACAAGCAGCAGAAAGCUUUUGGGCAGCCUGGUCAGUGUGAGCUUGCAGACUUUCUCAGAGUCAAGAACCAUAAUGUGAAAAGCAAUGGGAGGAAGCACCAGGAUUCCCCUAAUGUAAAGAAAAGAAUGAAUGAGAGAGAUGAAAAGAAGCUUCAGCCCAGAAGACUGCAAGACAACUUUGAUGCAGAUGCAGUGAGUGACGUUCAUGGCUUGAAUGGGCAGUCAGAAUACGAGCAGAUUCACUCCUCAAAGUCCUUCCUUAACUUCAAGUUUGAUCGUGAGGCAAUCAUGAAGUCAUGCUUUGACUCCUGACUACCUCUAUCUCAGUUCCUCAAUUUUAAAGGCACAGCUUGUUGCAGUUUGAGCCAUUCUAGUAAACUCGCAUGUUCAUAAUAUGUUUAUGUUCUUUGAAAAAAGGGCAGUCAUAUAAAGGUUGUUGGACCAAUAUGACUAAAAAUUGGGGCAUAUAUCUUACAUCCACAGUACAACUUUAUGUAUGUAUGACUCAUAAGUGCUGAGAAUUUUAGAUUAGCAGUGAUAUUAUUCAGACAUGUGAAAUCACUGUUUUAUUUCCACUUCCUAUGGGGUUCUGGUAAAGAUACAAGUCACACAGAGGAUUUGUUCUGUAGAGCUUUUGGCACUGAAACAGUAAUAGCUUCUCAGUAAAAACAAUGCUUCUAGUUUGCCAAGUUAGUGAGUUCAGAACUCUUUCUGAUCAACAGUGUUGUAUAAAUUUAAACUGUAAACUUAAAGUGACAGUUUAAUAAUAAUAAUAAUAAUAAUAAUAAUAAUAAUAAUAAUAAUAAUCAGUGCUUUAAAGUAACAGUCGUUUAAAUUUGGGGAUCAUUUAUCAUGGAAAAAAAAAAAAAAUCAGUCUCAUUUUGCUUUUCUCUAUGCUGAGCCACGGAACUUGUGAUUUGAAACAUGCUAAAGCUGGAGUUGUAUUAUGCUCUGUUCAUAUAAGAGCUUUGUGAUCUAGUUUUACAUGAUCAGACUAAAUUAUCACUGUUGUGUCUGCAAAAGUAUCACCUUUUUGCCUUUGAAUGUGAAUCUUUUAAGUGGCAAUUACAUUGUUUUUAAAGAAGCAACUGUAUUUUUCUUUCCAUCAGGCUUUAAAAUGCUGCUAGAGUUUUACGUCACCUGCACAUUUUCUCGCAUUUUUCAUUCUUUCAAUGUCCUCUGUAAAGUGGCACUGAUUCUUUCAAAAGUAAAUGCAGUACAUGUGGAAAUCUCACUUGUAUGCAAAUGUAUUUACACUGUUAUCCAGUGGUUUUCAGUCUCACCAUGUAUGUGUAGUUCCUUUUUUCUUUUUCUUUUUAAUAAAGAUGCUGUUUUUUUGACAGUAAUAA